AUGUCUGAAUCACCUGAAGCUACACCAAAGACCGAAGCUCCUAGAGCACUGAUUAAAUCAGUAGAUAUGUCAGAAUCGCUUCAACAGAGUGCAGUAGAUGUAGCAACUGAAGCUUUAACAAAAUGGAAUGUUGAAAAAGAUAUUGCUGCUCAUAUUAAAAAAGAAUUCGAUCAACGGCAUCCUGGAACUUGGCAUGUGGUCGUUGGACGCAACUUUGGUAGUUAUGUCACACAUGAAACCGGACAUUUCAUUUAUUUCUACAUGGGUCAGAUAGCCAUCCUAUUAUUCAAGAGUGGUAACUAA